UGCCGCUGCUGCAUUGUGGGAAGCGGCCGUCUCAGUCCGACCCACCUCACUCGCAGCAGCAGCAGCAGCAGCCGCUGCCGCCGCCCAGACCGGCUUCUGCACCACCAGCAGCAGCAGCAGCACCAACCGCCGCCGUCGCCGCCGCUGCCAUGGGAGCUGUAACCGACGAUGAAGUUAUUCGUAAGCGACUUUUGAUUGAUGGAGAUGGUGCAGGGGAUGACAGACGAAUUAAUUUGCUGGUGAAGAGUUUCAUCAAGUGGUGCCAUUCUGGAUCUCAAGAAGAAAGCUAUACUCAGUAUCAGCGCAUGCUCAGCACUCUUUCACAAUGUGAAUUUUCAAUGGGAAAAACUUUACUAGUAUACGACAUGAAUCUCAGAGAAAUGGAAAACUAUGAAAAAAUCUACAAAGAUAUAGAAAACAGCAUAGCUGCAGCUCAUGAAAAAAUUGCUGAGUGCAAGAAGCAAAUUCUUCAAGCGAAAAGGAUACGAAAAAACCGCCAAGAAUAUGAUAACUUGGCUAAAAUAAUACAGCAACAUCCAGAUAGACAUGAAACAUUGAAGCAGUUGGAAGCCCUGGGGAAAGAACUGCAGCAUCUGUCUCAUAUCAAAGAAAGUGUGGAAGACAAACUGGAGUUGAGACGGAAGCAAUUUCACGUUCUUCUGAGCACCAUCCAUGAGCUUCAGCAAACACUGGAAAAUGAUGAAAAGCUUUCAGAAGCCGAAGAAUCAUCAGAUGUUCCAAUGGAAGCAGAAGAUAAACAAUAGAUGUGUAUAGUUCAGAAAUCUGACCAAUUACGGAUGACCGGAUGCUGGAUUUGGAAUGCAGCCUUCAGCCUCACACAGUUUGUGCAGUUAAUUAUUCUCUCAAAUCCCUUCUGCAUUACUUCUGUUCAAAUAAAAAUCUGCCUUUUCUUAAUCCCUCUGCUGUUAGGUUCUAAACUAACACAAUAUGCUCUGAAAGAGUGAAAAUUGGAUUCGCUUUUUAAAAAACUGCUUCCUGAGAAUGUUGCUCUGCCUGUUCA